AUUUUAAAAUAGAGUAUUUGAGUAUGAUACAUCCCAUAUUUAUUUAUAAAAUGAUCGCCCGUUUUAGAUGCACAAUCAAAUUUAAGGUAUCUCACACCACAGUAAUGAUUAUUAGCUAUGAGCAUACAAAAAUGAAAGGGCACAUUGUACUAAAUAGAAGGGUCAUACAAGUACGUGUAAAGUUCUAAUUAUCUUUCAGAAGAUCAUACAACAAUACAUAUCACAUGUUGAACCAUGGACGCUAGCGCGUAGCAUUCACGAUUAAUGAGUUGUAUUAUACCAUCUCUUCUAAAAAUUUUUAGUAUCUAACUUCCAGUUAUUAUUUAUAUAUAUAAUGACGAUCAACACAGACAUCAUAUACACUUCGAUACCAACAAACGAGUCGACGCAGGUCUUUUAUGCGCAUGACAAUUUCACUAAUUCAUAGUCAGCGGGUUAAAAAUAAAUCUACUUGUUCUAUAAACCUCUUCUGGUUUGAGAAAGUGUCAUCAUCAAAUGUUGCCCUUUGGCAAAAUCUUGGCAACAUUAAUUUGAUUGCUGCACUCCUAGAAACAUUUAAUAACGAGAGUGGUAGUCAUAUUGAGAUCAGUUUAUCCACUGAAAAAGCUGCGUAUGGAUUGCUAUCUAUGCUGCAUGCUAUCGCGUACCAGUUUAACUAUGCCGAUAUCACGUUGUUCAAGAAAAUGAAGGUUCUAUUUGUUCAUGCUGCUAAAAAAAAAGACUUUGGACUUUCAAUAUUGCAACUCCCAAAAUGUAUUGUUUAA